AUGCAAUCCUAAUAAAUUAAGAACAAAAUUAUCAUUUCAUUUAUACUUACAUUUACAUUUAGCAACCAUGGCUUCCUCUUCACCUAAACUCUACACCAUCUUUCUCUUCCUCAGCCUUGCCCUCCUCCUCCUUUUCUUCACAAGGGAGGUAGCAGCAAAUCUUUGUCAAAGGAAAAGCACAACAUGGUCAGGGCCUUGUUUAGACACAGGAAAUUGUAAAAAUCAGUGUCUCACUGUGGAACAUGCUACUUUUGGGGCUUGUCACCGUGAUGGCUUUGGAUUUGCUUGUUUCUGUUAUUUCAAUUGCUAACCAAAUCAACAUGCUCAAUUUCUUCUGUUCAACCAAUGAAUUUCCUUUUGUACCUCAAUAACAUCUCUGCUCAUGAGUUAUAGAGAUCUAUAUCUUUCUAUGUGUGUAUGUUUAUUUCAAUAAUACAUUAUACAAGAAAACACUUUGUGUUUUCAACGGUGGUUAUCUA